UCGCCCUGCUGCCUCCCUCCAUUCCCAUUCCUUGCCUCUCUCGCUCGCUCUGGCUCUCGCGCGGGCGAGCAGGAGCAGGGGGGGAUCCCGGCUUUCAAAUCACCAGAGGCAACAACGACGACGACGACGACGACGACAGAUCCGAGGCUUUCUCGAAUCGGGCAGGUCAAUCAAAUCCACCAGGAGUGCCCAUCAAAUCAAAUCGCCUCACCUCAACUCAUCACGUCUCGUCGACAAGACUAGAGUAUAUGCGCAUCCAUUCAUCCAUCCAUCCCCACUGCCGUUUCCCCCCACUAUAUAAACCCCCUCCCAUCCCCACCACUGCUCACCCCUCUCCUCUCCUCUCCUCCGGCGUCUUCCUCCCCCCACCCCCACCCCCACCCCCUCUCCUGAUCAAAGCGCACGCCGAGCAAGCUAGCUAGCAGGUGGUGGUGAGCGCAUACACAUACGCUUACUGUACGCGACGCGGCUUUGCUUGUCGCCAGCACCAUGAUGUCGUCGCCCGCGGAGUCCGAGACCAGCUUCUUCCCGGACCACCUCGCGGAGCAGCAGCAGCAGCAGCAGCAGCCCCCCUUCGCCGAGCAGGAGCAGCUGUGCUACGUCCACUGCAACUUCUGCGACACCAUCCUCGCGGUGGGCGUGCCGUGCAGCAGCCUCUUCAAGACGGUCGCCGUGCGAUGCGGCCACUGCGCCAACCUGCUCUCCGUCAACCUCCGGAACCUCCUGCUCCCGGCCACCGCCAACCAGCUCCCCUUCAGCCCGUCGCUCCUCUCCCCGACCUCGCCGGCGUCGCCGCACGGGCUCCUGGAUGAAAUGUCGUCGUUCCAAGCGCCGUCGAGCCUACUGACUGAUCAGGCCAGCCCCAACGUGAGCAGCAUCACCAGCAGCAGCAACAGCUGCGCCAUCAACACGCCGGCCAUGUCCAUGAUGCCGCCGCCGGAGAAACCCGCGCAGAGGGAGACCCCGCAGAGGAAGAGCGCUGCGUCUGGGACUAAGCAUCCAGAGAAGCGGCAGAGAGUUCCCUCGGCAUACAACCGAUUCAUCAAAGACGAGAUUCAGCGUAUCAAGGCCAACAAUCCGGACAUCACCCACAGGGAGGCUUUCAGCGCAGCUGCCAAGAAUUGGGCUCAUUUUCCACACAUCCAUUUCGGUCUGAUGCCGGACCAAGGCCUGAUGAGGAAGACCAGCAUCCAAAGCCAGCUGGACGGAGCUGGGGAUUGCAUGCUCUUCAAGGACAGUCUCUACGCAGCGGCGGCGGCCGCAGCAGCCACAGCGGCAUCUAGCAUGGGCGCCACUCCGUUUUAGCGUCUUCCCAUAGAAUAUAUUGCCUUAAUUUCGCUGCAUUCUAGCUAGGGUGCUGGGGGGAUCAUAUGAGAUCUUGAGAUGUAUCGUAUCGUAUCUACGAGUACUCCUCUAGUUUUCGUUGUUUCUUCCUGUCCUUUGCCCUUUCCCUAGUCCUAUAUGUUCGCCUAUCAGCUAAUGAGGUUGCUGUGUUUGCCACCUCUUAUCUUAUGGACAUAAAAUAGAUCGAUCUAGUUGCCUCA